CAACGCAUCGAUGUGCUGCUCCUAGCGUCGUCACAUUGCAAGCACAGAAGUCACCUUCCAACCUCUGCGACUUUCUGCCCCUGCCAUUAGCUACUAUACCAUUGAGUCCCGUGUUCAUUUACAGGUUAAAGGCAUUGCUCUUUUCUAACAAACAUAUCGUGCGUGAAAUAUUUUGGAUUUGAUUCAGCGUUCACUGGCAAAAAUCUGCGGUCCACUGAUCUGUGUUGGUCAUAAGGAGGAGGCGCAAGUCCAAACCGCACAUCGCUGAUCAUUGUAGCCUUCCGAGCUAGAGGGCUACUCUGCGUCCGUGUGUGGAAUUAACCCAGCGCACAGACUGGCUGGUGAUGAGGUUCGUCGUGUACACUCGACAGAGCAUUGACAGAAACCCUCUCGAGCUGAAGAAACCGCCCCAAUAAGGACACAGGCAAGAGGGGAAGAGCAACAGAGGAGCUGGUGUCGGCUGGAACGCUGUCAUUUCGGCAAGAAUGCAUCUCUUCAGUGCUAUGUUCCUACUAGUGAUGUUAGCUGCCAUGCCCUGUGAGGCUCUCUAUCCUAGCCCAGAGGAGGGCUGGCAGAUCUACAGUUCAGCUCAGGAUGCAGAUGGGAAGUGUAUCUGUACAGUGGUGGCCCCGGCCCAGAACAUGUGUAACCGAGACCCACGCAGUCGGCAGCUCCGCCAGCUCAUGGAGAAGGUCCAGAACAUCACCCAGUCCAUGGAGUUGCUGGACCUGCGGACCAACAGGGACCUUCAGUAUGUGAGGAACACAGAGAGCCUGAUGAAGGCUGUAGACGUCAAGCUGAAGACUGCCUCAGACAACCCCCGAAGCCUCAACCCCAAGAGCUUACAGGAGUUGAAGGACAAGGUGACCCAGCUGCUCCCCCUACUGCCGGUGUUGGAGCAGUACAAGACGGACGCCCGUCAGAUCAGCCGGGUGAGGGAGGAGGUGAGGAACCUGUCGCUGGUGCUCAUGGCCAUCCAGGAGGAGAUGGGAGCCUACGACUACGAGGAGCUGAGACACAGGGUCCUGCUGUUGGAGACCAGGCUCCACUCCUGCAUGCAGAAACUGGGCUGUGGGAAGUUGACCGGCGUCAGUAACCCCAUCACCAUCCGUGCGUCAGGGUCAAGAUUCGGCUCCUGGAUGACUGACACCAUGAUCCCUAGUUCAGACAACCGGGUGUGGUCCAUGGAUGGCUACUUUAAAGGUCGUCGUGUCCUGGAGUACCGCACCCUAAACGACUUCAUGAAAGGCCAGAACUUCGUUCAGCACCUGCUGCCACACCCCUGGGCGGGGACCGGCCACGUGGUCUACAACGGCUCCCUGUACUACAACAAGUACCAGAGCAACAUCAUCAUCAAGUACCACUUCAGGUCCCGCAGUGUUCUGGUGCAGCGCAGUCUCAGUGGGGCCGGCUACAACAACACCUUCCCCUACUCCUGGGGAGGCUCCUCAGACAUCGACCUGAUGGCAGACGAGAACGGCCUGUGGGCCGUCUACACCACCAUCCCCAACGCCGGCAACAUCGUCAUCAGCCGCCUGGAGCCGCAGAGCCUGGAGGUGCUGCAGACGUGGGACACAGGGUUCCCCAAGCGCAGCGCCGGAGAGUCUUUCAUGAUCUGUAGCACGCUGUACGUCACCAACUCCCACCUGGCCGGGGCUAAGAUCUACUUCGCCUACUACACCAACUCCUCUAGCUACGAGUACACAGACAUCCCCUUCCAUAACCAGUACUCCCACAUCUCCAUGAUGGACUAUAACCCCAGGGAGAGGGUGCUGUACACCUGGAACAACGGACACCAGGUGCUCUACAACGUCACUCUGUUCCAGGUCGUUAAGACCGCUGGGGACUAGAGACACCAGGGGUGGCUGGUGUCAUUUUACAUCGGAGGACGGGCCUAUUGUAAUGGACGGAAUAGAAUGAAUGGAACGAUAUCAAACAAGCAUUCCAUUGAUUCCAUUCCAGUCAUUGCUAUGAGCCGUCCUCCGUUCACAAGCCUCCAGAGACACCCAGAGCUAGGCUGGUCUCGGGCCUGUUGUGCUGUCUUGACAACUCCUAGUGUGACAUUGACCAUAUGUGUUGGAAAGAUAGCACAGAUCUGGGACCAGGCUAACCCAGAGGCAGAGUCAGACCGAACACACAAAACUAUAAUGCUGUU